GUCGUCCCCUUCUCCUCCUGCCUUCCAUCUUUCCCAGCAUCAGGGGAUUUUCUACACACUUUUCCAGGUGUGUAUGGAACCUAACAAAGAUGAGCGGCACAGAGGAGGAGCUGAAAGGCUGUAUUCGGACGUGGGAUUAGAAGGGGAGUGUGGCUAGCUGCAGCUGUCAUCAUCACUAGCAUAAUUUUAUUAUCACCAUCCCUUAAAUUCACAUCACAGAAGAGUUUACAAAGAGCGUUCUAUUCUUGACUUUCACGUGGCAGGGUGGGGAUUGCCCUCCUUUGACUGAACUGCCCAAGAACAGGCGGGAUGGAGGGCAGGGUCCAGGCCCUAAGCCUCUUCUCCAGCCCCUCCUCAGGAGCCCAAAGGGCUCCGGUCCUUUAAUUGGAGAAGUGGAAUAGCGAAAAGAGCAAGCAACGCAGGGAUACUUGCCCCACGGAGGACAAACACAGCGAGAGAUCUGGAACUGGACAGAGGCUAAAGCCCUUGCAGGCGGUAGAGGUGAAGGGGUUGGAGAGGUGUGCGGUCGCUGAAAACUCCUUCUGGGGUACGUGCCCGAGCCACCUGGUAGGUGCACCAGCGCUCACCGAGUGGGCACUCCCAGCGCUUGCCGCGGAGGUGGAGGGAGACUUCGUGGAGACGCGAGGCUGGGAAAGUCAAACCUUCCGGGGCGCCCCACGAAGGGUGGGGGCGAGGGGGUGCCGCCCCUCGGGUGCCCUCUGUCACCGCACGCCGCCCCGACUGGGGCGAAGAGCGGGCCCGCCCAGGUGCGCCGGGGGUUGGGCCGGAGUCCGGAAGGUGCGCCGCCCCGCCCCGGGCCGGUCUCCCCGGCCUCCCCCCGCGGGAAAGUGAAAGUGUCGCGCCGGCGGAGGUCGCGCGUUGGGGGGCGGGGCCGCCACGGACCUGGGAGCGGGCGCCCGGCACCCGAGGGGCCAUGGAUGGGCUCGGCCGCCGCCUCCGAGCCAGCCUGAGGCUGAAGCGCGGCCGCUGGGGACCUUCCCAGGAGAAUCUGGGAGAAGUAGUGAAGGAACCCGAAAGAGCCCUGGAGCACUGUCUACCCAACUUUGCUGGAGGGCAGCACUUCUUUGAAUACCUCCUCGUUGUUUCUCUCAAAAAAAAGCACUCAGGGGAAGAUUAUGAGCCCAGGAUCAUCUACCAGUUUCCCAAGCGAGAGAACUUGCUUCGGGGUCAACAAGAGGAGGAGGAGCGGUUGCUUGGAGCCAUCCCCUUGUUUUGCUUCCCAGAUGGGAAUGAGCGGGCCCCACUCACUGAGUGUCCCAGGGAGACCUUCUCGUUUGUUCUGACCAAUGUGGACGGGAGCAGGAAGAUUGGAUACUGCAGGCGCCUCUUGCCCGCCGGCCGUGGUCCUCGCCUCCCCAGGGUGUACUGCAUCGUCAGCUGCAUCGGCUGCUUCGGCUUGUUCUCCAAGAUCCUGGAUGAAGUGGAAAAGAGGCAUCAAAUCUCCACGGCCAUCAUCUACCCAUUCAUGCAGGGCCUCCGAGAGGCAGCUUUCCCCGCUCCUGGGAAGACUGUCACCCUCAAGAGCUUCAUCCCUGACUCAGGCACUGAGUUCAUUUCCCUGACGCGGCCCCUGGAUUCCCACCUAGAGCACGUGGAUUUUAGUUCUCUCAUGUGUUGCCUCAGUUUUGAGCAGAUUCUUCAGAUCUUUGCCUCUGCAGUGCUGGAAAGAAGAAUCAUCUUCUUGGCAGAAGGUCUCAGCACCCUGUCUCAGUGCAUCCAUGCUACUGCUGCGCUGCUCUACCCCUUCAGCUGGGCCCACACCUACAUCCCCGUGGUCCCCGAGAGCCUGCUGGGAACUGUCUGCUGCCCCACUCCCUUCAUGGUUGGAGUCCAAAUGCGCUUCCGGCAGGAGGUUUUGGACAGCCCCAUGGAAGAGGUCCUGUUGGUGGAUCUUUGUGAAGGAACCUUCUUAAUGUCAGUUGGUGAUGAAAAAGACAUCCUACCACCCAAGCUUCAGGAUGACAUCUUAGAAUCUCUUAGUCAGGGCAUCAAGGAGUCACAGACAGCUUCUGAAAAAAUCAAUGAGCAUGUUUCAAGGCCUUUUGUACAGUUCUUUGUCAAGACUGUGGGCCACUAUGCUUCCUACAUCAAGCGGGAGGCGAAUGGGCAAGGCCGCUUCCAAGAACGGGCCUUCUAUAAGGCUCUGACCUCCAAGGCCAACCGCCGGUUUGUGAAGAAAUUUGUGAAGACACAGCUCUUCUCCCUUUUCAUCCAGGAAGCCGAAAAGAGCAAGAACCCUCCUGCAGAUUAUUUCCAAAAGAAAAUACUUGAAUAUGAGGAACAGAAGAAACAGAAGAAACCAAAGGAAAAGACUGUGAAAUAAGAGUUGUGGUGAACAGGAUUGCCUAGACCUAUAGGCCAGUAGUGGACUUUGACCCCUGCCAGCAUGGUAUGAUGUGAAGCUCUCAGUCAAUAGAAUCCACAGCCUUCUUCCGAGUCCUGGUAACCAGGUCUUGCUUCAAGUUGGUGUCUUGAGUUUGGGAUUCCUGAAAUCAGCUUUCUCAAGACUUUGGAAGGCUCAGACCUCUGUGCUCACAGAGCUGGGCACAUAGCUGCCUUUUCUGCAGAGGUGACACAGGGCAAGAAACAGUAGUAGAGGUGGUGUAGAGCCCCAGAAGUUUCUGGAACUGCCCUCUCCCAGGAAGCACUAUUACAAAAUCCUCUACAGAGAAAACAAGUUGUCGCCCAAAUACUCAGUCUCUUCACAUAUAAACAGAGGUCUGUGGACAUGUGAGGGUAAGAAUAAAGACGAAAAUCUUCUUGCUGUUUA